AAUUCUUCAUUAGCUCUUUGCUUUAUUAUAGUUUCAAUCCCUACAGUUCUCGCUUCAACAGCGAACUGUCUUACCAAAAAGUAGCGCGAUGGCGGUCCAAUCAUCAAGGUCUCACCAUCACCGAGUCAGGCCACGUUCGCAUUCUCGCUCUUCAUCAUCCCCUUCUCCUCCUCCCGCACCACUGCAACAAAACCAUAUCCAUCCCCAUUCAUCUCUUCGAGGAUCACAGUCAUCUCUUCACAGCUCGCGAGAUAUCCGAGAGAAGCGUAGGAGCUUCAAUGCGAAUCGCACAUCCAUGUUGAGCGCUGGAGGGCAUCGGAAUAGAGCACUGAGUCGUGGUGCCAUCCCAGCGUUUCCAAACAUGGAUGACCGACGGCCAAACCCAGGAGAUGAAAAUGCCCUAAUUGUGGAUACAGAUGGUGUAGGAUUCUCGACGCAGUAUGGAGCGUCGGCAAGCUCUAUGACUGGCGUGAGUGGGAGCGAGCAAGAGUUCUUGACCGGGUUGAGGGAUGAGACCGAAACCGAGAUUGAACGGGAUAAAAGAGAUGCGGCGCAAUGGAGGAGGAGCGUUGAUGACCUCGUAGAUAGGACCCCCACACCAUUGGCUUUAAAUAAUCCAAGACACCCCUUAUCCUCUCGCCGCCCCAUCCCCCAAACUGCUCCCCCCUUCACUCUGCUUCCUUUCCGCAUAGGGUUCCCCGGUCUUUCAGCUUCUGUAAAAUUUGGUUGGAAAGGCCAAAGACGGAUAUGGAGUUUACCGAUCAAAAUGAGUAGGAGGCGCUGCGAGAAUGCGCUUGUUCUCGGCGCGGUGUUAUGGGGCAUUUGGGUUCUGGUGAUCAAGUGGGACGAAAAAGCCGUUGCAGGAGAAAUAGGGCUUCUCGUUGGCUUAACGUUAUUAUAUACCGCUCUUCGUUUCCAACCGACUCCACGACGUCUUCUUUCCCAACUCCCACCAACCAACAGACCCGCAUCCCCUGCUAUUGCCUCACCUUCAAGUUUUCCUUCAAGUCACGCCAGAGAACGGAUCAGGCGCGGCUCAAUGAGUAACGCUAACGGUUCUUUAUCACCUUCUUUCCCAAAGGAUGAUCACCGAGGAAGAGCUUUCUCGCCGGAUGAAGAUGGUAGAAUGGGUAUUGGGGAAAGAGCCAGUAUAUGGGGGACAGAGGAAAGGGAAUAUCGUGAAUGUCCCGACGACGGUAUUUUCUAUAGUCUUCUCCUUGGACCUCUUGUAGCUGCCGCUCUCCUCCAUUCUGCCUUAUCACAACUAUCCUCUAACCCUUCUUCACCUAUCGCUAACGGAUGGAAUAUCGAACCUCCUCUCGUCUUACCUUCCACACCCAUUCGUCGGGGUGCGAACAUCACCAACGAAGAACCUACCGACACCAUCCGUGCCUUGUCGGCUUUGGCUACCUCCCGUCGUAACCUUGUCCAGCUGUUCACUCUUUGCUCUUUCGUUUUAUUAGUUCAUGUUACUCGCUCCUUACACUUGGAGAUCACUCAGUUUCGAAUCAACUACCCUCACAAUACCAGUGCCCCGGAUGCGGAGAUUGCGAAGCUGCAUAGUCUGCAAGCCCAACAAGCUAGUAUAGGGACAUAUUGGUUAAGGAAGGGGGAAUGGAAGCGGACUCGUAGUGUGGUUGGAUUUUCUUUCCUUGUGACUGGAGUUUGUCUAUUGGUCAAAGCAGUGACUGCAAAAGUUGGGAGAGGGGUAUGGAGUGACAUGUCACCCUCAGAUAUCGUUAUCGCUACUCUAUUUUACCAGUUCAGUAUCUACGUAUGCGUUCGCCUCGCUAGAAGGGGAGUCACCCUCGGAGAAUUGGCAGCAGUGUGCAAUGCGGCUACAGCAAUGGUCAUGGAGACCACCAACCUUACACGAAUGAAGAUAAGCAUAUUCAGGACACCCUACAUCAAAACAUAUCGACUUCCAACUCCAUUGUUAAUAUUCCAACUCGCUCUCAUCCCCGGUUCCCUCCUGGCAGGGUUUCUCCUUUCCCCCCUCCUUUACCUCUCACGCAACCUCGCUCAAAAACCCGCCCACCGCCUCCGCCUCCCACACGAAAAACCCGUCCAUCGACGCCUCCUUGCACUAGGCUUCUACGCUGGCUCCGUCCUCAUCUGCGGGGGUCUCGUCGGCGUAUGGGCAAAAUGGUGUCUCGGCGGACGCAACCCUUUUACAUGGGCAUUCUUCUUUAUCUUUGAAGGUACCCACGCAUGGACAAGGCCGGCAUUGAUGGCGUAUUGGGUCGCCUUGGCGGUGAUAUCGGUAGCAGCGUGGGAAAGGCAGUUGAAUCGCGCGAGGAAGCAUAGGCGGUAUGUCGUACCUGGUACUGCCGCCAUCCGUGGAGAAGGUCCAGGAGGUCCGCAUUCAGUUGCAGGUGGACCCGUUGGGAAACAGUCGGGACUAGGGUCUGGGAAUGCGCUUGGGAAUGCGACGAAUGGUGGGCAGCCAGGCGGAGCAGCGCAAGAGGGAUUUACUGGCGUGGCUGCGCAGAUGAUGGAUGCAGCAGAUCAGAGGAUGCCAACUUUAUCAGUCAAUGCUAGGAGGAAGUCUUUCCAUGCGCUGGCGGUAAUCAUGUUCAUCCCUGGAAUCGCUGUUGACCCGGCAUUCACUCAUUUAUCUUUCUCUGUCGCAUUUGCCGCAUUCAACUUUGUAGAAUACGUCCGGUACUUCGCGCUUUGGCCUUUUGGCGUCAAGGUUCAUCUCUUUUUGAACGAAUUCCUGGAUCACAAGGAUUCUGGGACAGCAAUCUUGAGUCAUUUUUACUUAUUGGCAGGGUGUGCUGCGCCUCUAUGGUUUGAGGGUUCGAGCGACAUCUUAUCUUACUUUGGGGUACUCUCACUAGGCAUCGGCGAUGCCUUGGCAUCAAUUGUGGGUCGUCGAAUAGGAAGAUUGCGUUGGUGCACCGUAUUCGGCAAGACGGUAGAAGGGAGCAUCGCAUUCUUCUUGUCUGUGCUCGGUGCAUCAUGGAUCAUGUGGGCAUUCGGGGUUGUAGACAACUUCAACUUCAAACCAUACGCAAUCACUGUUGGUUUGUCAACCCUUCUGGAAGCCUUCUCCGCCCAGAACGAUAAUCUGAUUCUCCCAAUGUUUGGAUGGGCGGUCGGGACUCUUUUGGGGGUAUAAGUGAGCUGUUGUCUGACUGAGGGUUUCGGACAUCGCACAUUGCGCUUGUCAUUGUCAUUGUUGCACUGAUGGACGAGUCAGAGAGCUGGGAAUGUUUUCAUAUCUGCUCAACUGUGAUGGGAUUAAAUCAGGGGAAAUUUGUAUAUAACAUAACCAUAUUGCAUCAUAAUACUUAAAAGUCUUUUUUCCAUCUAACUCCGUGCUGGUUCAAUCAUCAUUUUCCAGCCAUUUUCAUGAUUGCAGUACUAUGCAUCUUUUGCAG